AUGACUAAGGAGAGUUUGUCACGCAGACGGGUUUCGGUCAACUUUUCGACGGCCGAAGCGGUUUCUUCUAUUCGUGAUACCAUUGAUCGGUUGAAUCAAUUAUGGGAUCGGAUAAACAUGGAGGAAUGCAUGAGGUGCAAACGUAUCGAGAAGUUCUUUCUGUACAUUUCCGACCUUCUGAAUCAGAUGGUAGCUGAUGAGGAAGAAAUGGUUGAAGGAAUACAGGAAGGUAUCGAGGAGAUGAAUAAGCAAAUAGAAGAUCUGUGCAAAGAACUUCAUUUACCGCUAAUUGUUAGGACUCACAUGAAACCAGGCUCACUCGCAUUGUACCGAGCACUGCAUCAGGAUGCAGGACGACUGCAGAGUUUAAAAAAUGAUAGGUUGCAAGGGCAGAAAAAGUUAGUCGAGGAACUUGCAAAACUUGCGGUGCAAACUGGUGAAGAAAUUGAAGACCUUCCAUCGAGUACAGCUGUUUCUGAUGAUGCAACAAUUGCUCGCCUUCAAGAUCGUGUCUCUCAUUUGAAUGAAUUACUUACUGGACGCAUGGAGAAAUGUAAGCAGUGGCAGAUGGAUAUGAAGCGUUGGUACAAGCAAAUGGGCAGUACUCCCUCGAAGGAAUUAGGCAAAACAUUCAUCUCUCUAGAUUUGGAUAGUGAUGAACUGGUUUGGGACAAGCAUUUCCUGGAUGAAUUUGAAAGUGCUUUUGAUGAGGUUAAAGCGGAAUACAAUGAAUGGAUUGAGCAAGCUUGUUUUGAUUAUACAGAGACACUGUUAAGACUUAACGAAUUAUGGGAUUUAUGCCAUGUUCCAGAUGUAGAACGAAAUAUUGCACGAGAAUUUAAUCCAUCUAUUCACACUGUACAUGAUAUUCAACAAGCAAAGGAGCAAGUGGAAUCGUUAGAAAAAUUUCUUGCUGAUCGAGCAGAAGUAUACAAAAAAAUGAAAGAAUGGAAAGAUCUUUGGAACGAAAAAGUUGAGUUUGAACGUCGCGCAAACGAGAAAUCACGUUACCACAAUCGUGGUUGCGAACUGCAAACAGCUUUGAAGCGACAAAAAUUCAUUGUAAAUCGACUUCCAACCAUACAAAGCGAGUUGAAAGAGGAAGUGGAGAAGUAUGAAUCAACUCAUGAUAAUCAGAUCCUGAUGGACGGCUUAUCACCCUGCGAACACAUUGAAUCCAUAAUGGAAGAGUACCGAAUAAAUAAGGAGCUUGAGCGUAAACGAAAGAAACAAAUGGAGGUAUCCACAGGUAGCGUUUCGAGUACAUCAAAUAUGAUUACUCCAAAGAAGCGUGGUGCUCCGUCAACCUUCGCCACUCCUUGUUCUUCAGCCAAAGUAGCGAAAGUAAAACCGCUUACACAAUUUGAUCAGGCAUCAAAGACUCCAGGCACACUGCUGUCACACAUGAAAUCUGUUUCUUCAAGUACAGUAAGUCUUCAUUCCGUGAUCACUCCUGUUCGGCCACCAACGACCGGCCCGAAAACUUCAUCGCCAUUAAGAUCAACUGAUAAAGGUAUGAAAAAACCGUUAAAACGGAUUAAUCUUCCGCCGAUAUAUAAAACACCGAAAAAAUAG